CAGGCUGAUCAAGCGAAAAGGCGCCAAGACAAGGCAAAAAGUAAACAGACAAAUAUUUUUCAUCGCAACUCAAAUUCAGACGCACACGAAAAUGAGCAAAGAAAUGAGGAAGGCCGACAUGCAGGCUGCCUCCGAAAAGGCAGUCCCACCUUUGGAUGAACUCGUUCACAAAAUCCAGAAGAUCAUAGACAAAUUCCCAGAGGACUACCUGAAAACCGCGUUCACUGACGAUUUCAAUGAAAACUUCGGAGGCUCGCUCAAAGAAAAAAUUCUGAAGCACGCUGAUGAAAUUGCUCGCUUCUCUGGCCCUAAUGAAUCAGCCGGAACUCUCGUCAUUCCUGACUAUGCUGCCAUGGGCAUGACCAAUCUUGCCAUGCAAGCUCUUAACUUUCUGAGGCAACAGAUUGAUGCGGCCACAAAGUAUAUCGAGAAACGAAAACUGGAUAUGAAGGAAACUGAGAAGCAUAAUGCAAUGAUUCAAAAUAUGACUUCAGCAAUUGAACAUCGUCUGAGAGACGGAGACGAGGUUGGUGAAAUGGGUGCAAUGAUAGAAAUGAACGUCGAAGAGGAAAACAAUCUCAAAGCCAGGAUGAAAAAAAUUGACACGGAGCUCCAAAACACCCUGUAUGACGUAAUUGGAACAAUUUACUCUGACAGAGAUGGUCUAAAACUGAAAGAAGCAAUCAAUACACUUUGUUCCAAGUCACUUAAGAAAGAUGGUGACCCAUAUAUUGAAGUCACUUUCCAAAAUCAGAUCCCAAUCAACACCCUCCGAAGCAUGGGUCUUGUUGAGGACCACCCACACAAUCAAGGUUAUGUGAAGCUUGUUGCGUUGAAUUGAGAUUUGGUUCAAUUUUCAAAAUAUCAGACUGAAUGAUUUAAGUGAAACUAUAUUGAUGUUUGUAAAUAAUUUAAAUAAAUAGAAAUUGGAUCGUAA